UAAAGCCUUAGCUGAGGCGAGUUUAUUCAAAAAUAACCAAAACUUUGCGGGGGUUGGUGUGACCCCGUCCGCUGAUGCGAGUCCUUAUUAGUGUUUUUCAAACAAUUUUGAUUCCUGUUAUUGAAGUCACAAUUCAAUUGACGGAGGUUGCAUCAUUAAAGGACUUCCAUCACGCGUUCCAGCACGCACCCGAAAGCUCGUUGUGCGUUGACUACUUCUCUUUGUGACUAUUUUAAAAGCGAAUCGACGGCAAUUAAAUAGUGUUUUUUUCCAGUGUCGUACCAAAAGCGGAACAGGUGAAUUUUAACAAGAAGCCGGUAGUUUCCGCCCGCGCGGUGCGCCUCCUCACCCAAGCGAACACCAUAAGUGUAUGACGUUGCGUUUGAGGCUACCGGGGAGUCGGACAUACCAUACGUGCUGCUAGCAUUGUGAAUAUGUUUGUUUACGUGUGGAUGUGAGCAGUUGCGAAACAAAAGUAAUCAAAUUUGACUGUUUUGAUAUUAUUUUAUACAUGUCGGGAGGAUUAUAGUUACAAGUUGCCAUGGAAAACAGAAAGGUCUCUUAUGAUAAAUGCAAUACAAUACAAAUACAAUGUAAAGCUCUCCAAAAAGGCGAUGAGGCCUUCACGAUGAUGUGUUAGGUUAGUGAGGCCCGGUGGAUGUUUAUCUUCUUAAUCCUCAUCCUCCUCUCCACCGAGGCUUGGAGCUUGGAGCUUCCAGCGGGCAAGCAGGAUGUGUUUGCAAGAAAAGCCUGUCCCGCCUUCCUGACCUUCUUCAACGUUGCCUACAUGGCUGGGGUCACGGUGGAGCUGCCCUGCCACUGCAAGCCCCAACAGGUCCAGUCCGUAGUAUGGUUCUUCAGGAAGCACGGGUCCAACUCCGAGGAGACCAGAGCCCUGACGGAUCACCAUGGCAACAAGCUGCUGGACUCCAGUCGAAUCCCCCACGGCGCCGACCUGCGGAGUCGCUUCUUCAUCCGUCUCUUCAGCCUGCUCAUCUUCCGAGCCGGCGUGGACGACUCGGGCAUCUACAUCUGCGGCUCGGCGCACGGCGACUACUUCUACGCCUACGACCUCGACAUCCAGGAGGUGCAGGAGCCGGGUUUCGCUGCUGAAAGUAAGACCAUCCGCAUGACAGAAGGACGAGGACCAAGAUCCGGUCAGCUGCUCUACCAAGUCUUCACUGCCUUUCAUCCGUGGUCGCGCUGCGAUCGCUGCGGCGUACCGGGCGAGCAGGUCCGUGUGGGACUCUGCUACGUCCACUCCCGCUUCCUGCACGUGCGCUACCGGCGGGCCAAUGCGACUGUGGCAUCCUGCGGGUCGGGGGCGGUGCCCGAGGCUUUCAGCCGUCUGAAGCGCAGCAGGCACGGGGCCAGGUUGGAGGUCCGGAGCUGCCAUGAGACUUGUCCACAUGUAGAAGCUCCUCCCCCUUCCAAGCCGGACAAGUUUAUGGUGUUUUCAGGAAGCAGGACCACGCAGACUGAGGUGAAGGUUUCCUACCUGAACCACCCGGCAGACCACAUCCUGACCCUCGGCUGUCCCGACGCCAAGCCGGGCAUGGCUGUGGCGUGGGACAGAGGAUCCGAGCCCAUUUACCGGUUGCAGAGCUCGGCGGAUUCAAGGAUUCACAUCGAUGCUGGACAUCAUCUGGUCUUCAACCCUGCCACAUAUCAGGACUCGGCCGUCUACUACUGCUGGCUUCAGGGGCACCGGGUGGCUGAGAUACACUUGCUGGUCUACGCCAGUUUGGGGACUAGCCAUUCCAUCACGACACUUGCCGACUUGUCUGCAGCCGUGAUGAUGGUUUUAAGAUGCUACGGCAUCAUGACGGCCGUGUUCUGCCUGCUGCUCAUCAUCAGGGUGGGCGUGAGAUUGCGACGGGACCAACACAUGGACUGAACUCAGUGGCUGUAAUCCAGAAGCAAAAAGCAGCUGCCAUCCCAUAAAGUGCUCUGAUGGUUACUGGACUGGAUUCAGCGUCCGUAAAGGUCUUGUUUUCGUCCUGUAAGCCUCAGGAUCUUUGAUGGGCAUCACUGUCUCAAUGCGUCAAGCAUGCCAACAACAGCGAGCCUUUUUGCCUUUGCC